AACCCGGAACCUAGACCACGCGCUAGAGACCAGGACCCGGAACCUAGACCACGAGCUAGAGACCAGGACCCGGAAUCUAGACCACGCGCUAGAGACCAGGACCAGGACCAGAAACCCCGUUUCAAGGAGCCGGUCUGAACCACCAUGGACCCGGAGGCGCGGACCGCUGAAGAGGUGAGCUGCGCAGUAAGCUGCGCAGUGGCUCACCGUGACCCCAGACUUCUGAACCAGAGCAGCCUGCAGGAGGAGCAGAGGAGCAGCAGCAGAGCAGCAGCAGCGCCCCCUGGUGGCGGCGCCGUGCAGAAACGGGGAGGAUCCUUCGCCCCUCCUGGACCUAUUGAAGUCCUCUGUAAAACUCACACCUGUGAUCAGUGUGGCCUGGCCUUCCUGUGGAUGACCCAGCUGGAGGUCCAUCAGCGCGUUCACAUGGAGAGGAAGACCCACGACUGUGCCGAGUGUGGGCGGUCCUUCAAGAUCAAGUGCCUUCUGCUGCAGCACCAGCGCAGCCACACCGGGGAGAAACCCUUCGGCUGUGAGCAGUGCGGGAACGCCUACGCCAAUAAGCGGUCGCUGCAAGUCCACCAGCGAAUCCACAGCGGGGAGAAACCCUACGGAUGUGAGCAGUGUGGGACCGCCUUCACGACCGCAAUGGGCCUGAAGCACCACCAGCGCGUCCACACCGGGGAGAAACCCCACGGCUGUGACCAGUGCGAGAAAGCCUUCAGCACUUUGGGGCAGCUGAAGAGCCACCAGCGCAUGCACAGCGGGGAGAAACCCCACGGCUGUGACCAGUGCGAUCAGGCCUUUGCAUACGUGCCCAACCUGGUCAAGCACCGGCGCGUCCACAGCGGGCUGAAGCCGUACCAGUGUGGGCAGUGUGGGCGGAGCUUCGCCUCUCAGAGUAACUUCAGGGUCCACCUGCGCGUCCACACGGGGGAGAAGCCGUACUGGUGCGAGCGCUGCGGGAAAACCUUUUCUCGAAGUAGCAACUUUAAACAGCACCAACGCAGCCACGCUCCCCCCCGAGCGAGCGCCCCGCCCCCCACGGCCCCGUAGCGGGGCUGCGUGUCCAGCUGUGGUCAUGUGACCUCUGGGUUGGCGUCCUGAGGAAGUGACCAUGUGACAGGAAGUGAGCCUUUAGAUGUGUUCUUAUUCUGGUAUUUGAGUCUUUUAUUUUAUACUCUUUAUUUUACAUUUAUAUAUUUUAUUUUUGUGAUUUGAAUCAUGUUGUUCAGACAAGCCGAUUCUUUCAUGACAGAGACGUUGGAUUAAUAAAAUAAUGCCUUAAA